GCCAAAUGUUUAGCCCAUACAUCUAACAUUUUCCAGCUCCUUAACCAUAAAUCGCGCAGCAUCAUAAUCAAAACAGUUAGCGAUCGCUGAUAAUUCUGGGCUGACCAACAAUUCAGGAAACAAUUAAAUGUUAAGCACUAACAAUGACAUGCUAUAACAUACAUUCAUUCACUAAAAAUAUAAUCAACAGGCUUUAAAAGCAUACAGGCGUUGGGAAGGCAGUUUUAUUAAACAAGAUAGCCAAACUACGCAAUGGCAGAGCUGGCAAAGAUUGGUGAGCAUUGUAGUGUGGAGUCAUGCAGACAACUUGAUUUCCUGCCAUUGCAGUGUGAUGGAUGUGGUUGCUUUUUCUGUUUAAAACAUCAGUCCAAGGUUUCCCAUGACUGCAGUAAGAGCUUGUUGGUAAGUUCAUCAGGGCAGUACACAGGAUGCCCUGCUUAUAAUUGUAAUCUACCAGGCUGCCCUAAAAGAGAGCUUGUUCCAGUUCUAUGUGAGCACUGUCAUCUUAACUUCUGCUUGAGCCAUCGACAUCAACAGGAUCAUAUAUGCAGCCAAAUUAAAAAGGAACUAGACUCUACAGCUACAGCACCACAGCGUGUCUCACAAAUAUUAGGACAAUGUAAAGGACAGAAAAAAUCUUUUAAGACUGCUAGAUCAAGAGAAAUGGCAGCUAAAGUUGCACUGAUGAAGCUGAAGGCCCAAGCAAAUGGUGACUGUAGUAUACCUGAGACGGAGCGAGUUUUUUUCUUAGUCUUCAUGCCGCUGUCACAUGGUCAUCCCCCAAAAGCUCUAUUUUUCUCGAAGAGGUGGACUGUUGGUCGUAUAACUGAUCUGAUUGCUGACAAAGCUGGCAUCACAAAUCUAAACAACACUUCCUCCAAUAUGAAAUUGCGUCUUUUCAUUCAAGACAAUGGCAAGGUGUUAUCAAGUGACCAAGUUUUGGCUGAUUUGUUAGAUGGAGACCAAGGAGUGUUUAAUGGAGGUUCAUUGAUCAUGGAAACUGUACCUGCAGACUUACUUGUUCUUCCAGAUACCCAUUUGUAUGAUUCAGGACAAAAGUAAAGAAAUUCAUCUUGGGAAUAAAGUUUAUAUUCUUGUGAAAA